UAUUCAUUGCACGUUUAUUUUGUUACGAAAGACGUUCAUAGAAUAUACGUUUGGCACAACUUCGAAUGUCAAAGGAACAUGGACAUACAUCGGACAUCCACAGGACAUCCACAAAAUAUAUUGAGUCUCCAAGCUGCGAAAGAAACCGAGGAGAGUUCCAUAAAAAGCGCGACUAGGCAAUCUCCGAUCGCUCAAGCCGCAAAUGUUACGUCUCCGGCCGUUUCUAGGCUAGACAACGCGAUUUCCGACGAUAAAGCCGACGGUAAAGCCGAGGGCAAGAGCAAGGCGGAAUUGCGUGCGGAACGAAGAGCUAAGCAGGAGGCUCAGAGAGCGGCGAAGCAGCUUCAACAAAUCUCAGCAAAGCAGCAACUAUCCUCAACGAAGAGCAACGAAAGGAGCCAAGAAACUCCUUCAGAAAAACUGCGUGCACAGCAAGUGGUUGUCGAAGCUGUGAGUGUAAAAAAAAUUGUGAAGAAAAGUAAUGACCACCAGGUGAACCUGUUCCAGCACCUAUAUAAUGAAAGGGAGCUCUCUUUGGCCAGCGUGCCCAUCAAUUCGAAUAUUCAUCCGGCAAUCAUAGGUUUGGGCGCGCAGUACACGGGCAGAACAAUCGUCGGCAGCAAUGCGAGGUGUGUUGCGCUAUUGGCAGCUGUCAAGCAGGUAAUCCUGGAUUUUGAGAAGCCGGAACAGGCUGACUUCACUCGUAGCCUCGAGAUAUGUCUGCGGGAUUUGCUCGCGUACCUACAUCGUUGUCGGCCGGUGGCUGUUUCAAUGCAAAACGCAAUGCGUCAUCUCAAGUGGCACAUGACGAAUUUCUCGGUCACUAUGUCGACAUGUGAGGCGAAAACCAAGCUAACAGGUAUAAUAGACACCUACAUAAUGGAACAAAUUCAACUGGCUGGCAAAGCAAUAUCCAUAACUAUUCAGACUAAGAUAUCAAACGGAAAUAUCAUUUUAAUUUACGGAUUCUCAUCCUUAAUCUAUAAUAUAUUAGUGGAUGCACAUGCUGCGGGUAAACAAUUCCGCGUUAUCGUAGUCGACGGCAGACCGUGGCUAGAAGGAAGAGAACAAUUGAAACGUUUAGCGAAACAUGGAAUCAAUUGUUCAUAUAUGUUCAUCAACGCUGUGAGCUUCAUUAUGUCAGAAGUUAGCAAAGUCUUUCUUAGUGCUCACGCAAUAUUGGCCAAUGGCGCGGUGAUGUCGCGAGUCGGAACUUCGCAAAUCGCUUUGAUAGCCAAAGCCUUCAACGUACCGGUUUUAGUAGCGUGUGAGACGCAUAAGACAUGUGGACGAGUGCAGACUGAUUCCAUCGUGUAUAAUGAACUUGGGAAUGCGGAUGAUCUCGUAACUUCGAAUCAAUAUGGUAAUUCGAGAAAGUCUCUGUUCACCAACUGGCGGGCGAGAAAGUCGCUGAAUCUCUUAAACAUCACAUAUGACGUAACACCAGCCGAUCUCAUUACUGCUGUCGUCACGGAAUUGGCCAUUCUGCCAUGCACCAGUAUUCCUGUGAUCCUACGAAUUAAACCUUCAGAGUUUUAAAUUUAUGUUAUAUUUCUCUCUCUCUCUCUCUCUCACACACAUACACACACACAAAUGUAAACAACUUACUUCCCUAAAUUGUUUUAGAUCAAAUAGAUUAUUAAAAAAAAAAAUGUUUUAACUAUAGAGUUCCUAAAUAUACAGAAAAAUUAAGAAUGUGUGAAUAUAUUUAAAAGAAAAAUAAGAACUCUAUAUUAUCUUUAAAUAUCGGAUUAUUUAAAUAUUACUUAUUUAUCUCUAACAUUUAAUGAUUUCAAUAAUUUGCUCUAAAAUUUCUCUCUUCAACCUGCCAGACGAAUUAAAUACAAAUUAAAAAGAAAUAAAAAUAAUAUUUGUGUAGAUAAUGGAGAGUAAUUUCAUACAUUUACUAAUGCAUUUUCUUUUUUUGAAAUAUGAACCUAAGAUAUUUUCUGGAAAUAAAUUCUUCAACCGAUAAACCUUGCAUGAUGUUAAAGACAUGACAGUGACUACGAGAGAAUUGCACAUACAUUAGUUGAAAUUACCAAGUAUAACAUAUAUAUAUGGUGUGUAUUCGUUGUCACGCGACACCAUAACAACUGUAACGAUCAUUCGAUAAAUAUUUUGUGAAGUAGGUGAAUUAAUAUUGAUUGGGGGACUUUUUAACGACGAAUAUAUUAUACACACUUACGUACGCAUGCGUACAUACAUACACACACACACACACACACACACACAUAAUGAUUUAAUGAUACGCUAUUUAGUACAAUACAAAUCAACUCGAACAUUAGUUGUAAGAAAUGAAAAAAUAUAUUCCUUAUAGAGUUGAUUUAUUUCUACGAAAAUUGUAUUUAUCGAGCCUUGAUUUUUGCGUGAUUAUUCUCUCGUUUAAUUAUUUGCUUUGUUGCUAACAUGAAAAUAUGUAAUUAA